UGACUCUUAAGACUGAUUUUUAAGAUGAGUUUUAGAUGUCAUUUAUAAAAAGUCAGCCAAGUAGUUGAUCAGUAGGUUAACAAUCACAAAACAAAUUAUAAAUAUGUAAAGUAUACCAUGAUUUAAAAUGUGAUUUUAAUAUUUUUAUAAAUUAAUUUUCUAAUCAGGCCAUCAAAUGAAUGUUAUGGUGUAUUAAAUGUUGCCGUUAAUAGUAUAGCCUAUGGUAUGAAACACAAAAAUCGUGGCAAAUGUGUUGUAUUUAAUCACAAGACUUUCGACAAACAGACCAAAUGCAAGGAUAGGGACGGAACCGAUAAAGAUGUCCGUAAUAUUAUCACAUGCUUUGAAAGACUGGAUUUUGAAGUAAUUGUUGUCAACGAUGGCAGUCUUAGAGACAUCAGACAAACACUAUUUAAUAUUGGAACCGAAAAUCACACCAAUAAUGACUGUGUUGUAGUUAUUAUCUUAACCCAUGGCAAUGAACACACUCUUUGGGCCAGAGAUACCAAAUACAAGGCAGAGAUAUUGUUUCCGUACUUAUAUUGUUCAUCACUUAUAGGGAAACCAAAAAUCUUUAUAAUUCAGGCUUGUCGUGGAAAUAAUGUCGAUUCGGGAUCUAAAUUGAAAACACUCGGUAACGGGUCCUCCAGUGUCGACAAAAGACCCAUAGUCUAUAAGCCUGUCUAUACAAUACCAACAAACGCUGAUUUGCUUAUAUAUCAGAGCACUUCUCCGGGCCACUAUUCUUUCCGAAACGCCGAUUUUGGCUCUUAUUUUAUCCAAACAUUGGUCUCAGUAUUAAACGAUUAUUGCUAUAAAAGUGAUCACGAUUUGGUCACACUCUUCACAAUUGUCAACCAGAGAAUGGCCUUUGAUUUUGAAUCAAAUUCUACGGAUCCGAGAGCCGAUAAGAAGAAGCAAAUACCGUGCAUUACAUCAAUGCUCACGAGAUUAGUAUAUUUCACACCCAAAUCGCCAAAGAAAUGACAACUUUAUGCACGUUUCAAAUCUAAUAUCUAUUUUACG